UGGCCAUCCCGUCACCAUCCCAUCAACCACUCAGUGACAUUCAUGUUUUGGAAUGUUUCCAACUCGACGUGACUUUAGCCGACGGCGGCUGACGGGCGAGAUUUCCGCCAAAAUACCUACAAGCUACAACAGCAUCGGUUGGCCGGGUUUCUUCUCCCUGUUGCCUCACCGCAUCCUGGCCCGAUUUCGCAAACGAAACUCUCGUUAACCCAAAAACUACUCGCUAGGUGGCGCUUGUGGUUUCCGCCAUUCGUCACUUGUCUCGGUUCGCUGAAGCUAGUCAUGGGCCUGCUUAGAGCUCUGCUGAUGAGCAAACUCGGCCAAUACCACCAACAAGGCAGAGCAGAGCACUUGCAUACCGUUCGGCUGUCUGCUGCAUAGCUCGAGGUUGUCGGCACCUUUCUGACCAUACGCAUCGCAUCGUGAGAAAGUCAUGGCUGUCCUGGGGAUCACACGGAAUGGAUGAAUGCACAUCGUCAUCACCGAUCGUCACCUCGUUGUUCCCCCAUACGCCCACAUCGCUGCUUACCUCAGGUUGGUACCAUCACCUCAGAUGCAUAACCGCCCUGUUUGGGAAACAAACACAGUUUUUUGCUUUUUGUUCAACAAGCGCCCGGCGAACCAGACGAGAAGACAAGUCCAGCAGACCUAGACUGCUAGCCCGCCAUCCGACCCAACACAGCCGCUUUGCAGUGCUCGUUACCCCUGUGCCGCCGACUAUACAGUGUACCAGCAAGUGACUUGUCUCUUUCAUGUCUCUCGUUUUGCUUAGGUCGCCGACCCCCAAACCAUCGAGGAUUAUAGGUAGCAAACGCCCACCUAUUGUCUACCCCCCUCGGCUCACCAGUACCUAUCAACCACCAAACUCUCGCACUCUGCCACACACCGACGCCAACGAAGUCAGGCUCGAAGCAUGCUGGCUCGCUCGACAGACGCCCUCACCGCUCUCCACGCCCCCAAUCACACGAUCGACGCACAAACACACAGACACCACCACACCGCACCGGAUGCCUAUUCCCUUGGCCGCCUGUUUAUUGGCCAAGCUGACAUCCGCCCAAAAGCCUCAAAUCACGACGCUAAUAGCCUGUCUUGCUUUUUUGGGCGCCUCCGACUCCCGUCUCCCCUAUUCGCGGUCAAAUGUCUCGCCUGCGUCCGUCCCUUUUUAAGCUUCUGUCGCCCUUUCCUGAGCGGCAAUCCGAUACCAGGCGGAGGACGGACCUCAUAUUCCACAGACCCUGCUCAUUGAAGGCUGAAGGCUUACCAAAAUAGGACUUACGUACCAUCACCUUUUCCCUAUAACCAACAACCUAUCCUCUCCCAUAAAUCCUGGCCAUCUGACGAGAAAAAGCACAUUUGCAUCUCCCAGCCAUAUCAGUAGUCAACUUUCAUCCUGGUCCAUCCACGACUGGAAGCUUCCCUCGCAAGAUCGUGGCUCGGGUAAUCGCCGUAACCAAAGUUAUACCUGUUUUCGGUCAUCGAGGCAAACAAAGCACCACGGAAACAAAGUUUCGCCCACUGAUCUACGAAUAUCCGACUCUUGAAAAGGCUGGCCGAUCACAAGCGGGGGAUCUACGGAAAUCGAAGCGAGCGUUACACAUUGCAGGGAAGCUGAAUGACGGGCCAAGAAACGAGCACAUCGCAGAAACCCGCAGUUGGACAAGGACAAAAAUCGAGGGGUAUACAAGCAGAUUCGCAGCUUCAUCGCCGACUUUUUCAACGCCAACAUCAAGCACGAGGGUUGUCUAAGUGGUCAAGAUCAUAUCAUCAUGAGGAAUCCGAAGCCUCCCACGUAAAACGAAUCAUCCCGCCGACUCCCAGGUUACGUCCGGUGUCCAGGAAACCACAGCCGUCAUGGCACCGUGGCCCCGCGCACUGGACAACAUUGGUGCAUCACAAUCACCAGCUGCGUCGCCGCCCGAAGUUAUUAGCAGCCGUAUAGAUACGGCUUAUACCCGCAUUCCCGAUGGGUUGACCGAUCACCAGUGGACGAUUAUUCAAUCCACGUCACUUGCUGCCGCUGCAUUGAGUUUUGCGUCUGUAACCUUCGCCUUUUACUGGUUUUCUCGGAGGAGGCGAAGCUUCAGACAUGAUCUCAUUAUGCUGCUCAUGUCGAGUGACAUGCUGAAAUCGCUGUGGUUUAUCAUAUUCCCGAUCGUCGACUUCAAGAGUGGUCCAGUUGCCUCGAGCUCGUCAUUCUGCCAAGCCAGCGGCUUCUUCCUUGCAGUCGGCAUAGAGGCAUCGGACAUUGCUGUUGUGCUCAUCGCUUUGCAUACGGCCAUUUACAUCUUCAGACCGCGGCAUUCCGGGCGACAGAGUGGAUUGUACCCCCACCGUCGUCUUGCCUUCGGCGCUUUUGCAUUCUUUCCACUUUUGAUGGCUUCAUUGGCGUUUAUCAACUGGCCCGGCUACGUCAACAACGGGGAGUACUGUUACCUACCCGCCCGCCCCGAAUGGGCAAGACUCGCCCUGAGCUGGGUUCCCCGCUACAUGAUCUUGCUCACUAUUGUUGCGCUUUACGCCUAUAUCUAUAUCUAUGUCACUCUUCGCAUGCGGCGUUUCGGUCGACUCAGUGCCAUGCGACGUGCGAGUGCAACUCAUAUGCUGGACGACGGGCAGUGGGCCCAUAUUCCAUCGGUGCCAGCCACCCCAACAUCACGGCGCGGGUCGGAAACCUCGAUGGAAGACUCGGAUCAGCAACGUACCUCUUCCACAAACACUACUAUGACCGCCGAGAUUGAGCUUCUUCACAGCCGGCAGAAGAUUCAAUGGAACUGGCCGAGCUAUGGAAACGAGAACGAUGGCCGCAUCCCGGAACCCAAUGACAAUGUCUCUCCCCGUGCAUUCGAGGCCAGCACAAGUCCGCUUUCCACCAACUUUGAACCAAUUUCACCUCCUCCGCAGAGCUACAUACGCCGCGAUACGGUCGACUUGAACCCGCCCCAGAUACAUUAUGAUCACGGGAGCUUCAGUACCCAGUGGCAACCACCCAGCAGCCCAACAAGCGCUCGAGCCAAGUCGCUCGCCAACAUCUGGUCAAUCCUCCGUCGAGGCACCUCCCUCGACUCUGACACAGACCACAACAAUACUCCCUUUCUUUACCAUCCUACUAUUGACGGCACAGGGAUGGCAAAGACCCGCGAUAAGAUUCGUCGCCAACUAAGACUACUUUUUGUUUACCCACUUGUAUACAUACUCAUUUGGGCUGUUCCUUUUGUCGCCCACGUCAUGCGCUGGGACAACCCAGAGCAAGCCGGCCCCUUCGUGGUUGUGCUUUUAUCACUUGUGAGCCUGUCAAUACAGGGUCUUGUUAACGCAUGUCUAUUUUGUGCCGUAGAGAAGCCGUGGAUUGACACGCAAGCCAGACAUCGGAGGACGCCGUCAAAAUUACGGCGGGAUAAAGACGAAGCCCGGCAACGGGCAGGAAGGAGAACAUCAUUAGCGUAGUCAUUUUUCGCCUUGAUACCACAUGAAUUGAAUGAACAAAUAUCAUUACCACACUAC